AUGCAGGUGAAGACGAAUGACGCAGAACGGCAGCUCUGGAAAGACUGGAUCUGGGAGCAGUACACCAGCGGAAACUACGGGAAUGGUUUCAGACCAUGCGCAUACAUGACACCAGCAGAAAUUCCGGGUAAAUAUUCGGAAUACGACACUCCGCAUCUAAUCAUGACGUACACCGCUCUUCUUUCUCUGGCCAUUCUUCGAGACGACUUCAGUAAGCUUGACCGGCCAGGUAUCUUGAAGUUUCUCCGAGCAUGUCAACAAGACGAUGGCAGCUUCUCUGCGCUGCCUAGCGGAGCUGAGUCUGACCUUCGGGCUGUUUACUGCGCAUUUGUGGUCAGCAGCAUGCUAGACGACUGGUCUGGCAUAGAUAUCGACCGGGCUGUCGAGUACAUCAAAAAGUGCAGCAGCCAUGAGGGUGGAUACGGUCAGACGCCGUUUGGAGAGGCCCUAGGUGGAACGACGUAUUGUGCUCUGGCGUCGCUGCACCUUGCGCCAUCAACACCCUCUUCACCACGCGAAUCGCGCGUCACUCCGUCUGAGCGGUCUCGCACCGUUCGCUGGCUCGUCCAGAAUCAGACAGCCUCUGGAGGAUUCCGCGGCCGGACGAACAAAGAUGCAGACGCAUGCUACUGCUUCUGGUGUGGUGCUUCGCUCGGUAUCCUUGGCGCUAGUGACCUGGUAGACUCUGAGGCUCUCGCGUCGUUCUUGGCUCAAUGUCAGCACAAAUUUGGGGGCAUAGCAAAGGCUAUAGGAGAACGCUCAGAUCCAUAUCAUACUUAUCUUUCCCUCGCCGCCCUCGCCCUCAUUCCGCCGAGUGCAGAUGCCAGUUGGCAAUUGCCUCAGCUAGACGCGCUGUGGAAUGCGAAGGAUAAGACGGUGCGCUGGGUGCGGGAUCAUGUCCCCGACAGGAGCGAUGGCACACCUCAGGAGCACUAG